AUUGCCAUUGUAUUAUCCAUCAUACCUUCGAUAAAUACUAUUUCUGAGGACACCGUAUCGUGUUCUUUCGCAUAAAAGAGUUGGGCUGUUUACUUUUCUGUGGAGUCGGACAAUCACCGAUGCGGGGGAGCGUUCGGCGGAUCAUUGUAGCGAGACACCGAGUACCAUCAGGAGUCGAUGGCGGGGUAGAAGCAAUUAUGCAUCAACCAGAGUGAGUGCAAGAUGGUUGUCACCAUGUGGAAUCCAGGGUGAGGAAUUGUCGCCUAGCUAGAUUUCAUUAGAACAGUCGGAGCGUGCUGGAUAAGAUGUUUUGAAGCCUCCAAAUAGAAUUAUCAGUAAACAUACUCAACCUUGCCGAGAUUCAAUAAAUCAAGCGUCCUCUCUCUUACCCUGUUGCAUUGUCCACUCCUUGGUUAUCAAUUCUGAAAUAGCUCGACAGAGAUUAACUGAACGGAGUGAUCAUUCCGAAGACUCAAUGGCCACGCCACAGCUCCUCGUGGGCAAAGUCGCCGCUAUCACGGGUGGUUUGACUGGUAUCGGAAAGGCCAUAGCCCUCGAAUAUCUACGGCAUGGAGCCCGCGUCGCCAUCAACCACCUGGGCAGUCCUACAGAGGCCUCUCUCCUCGAAGCAAUGAAUACAGAAGCAACUGAGAUCACAGGAGCAGAAACGAAAAACUUCAUCACAGUCUCAGGAGAUAUAUCACAACCAGAAACCGGGCGACAGUUCAUCGCGAAGACAGUUGAAGCUUUUGGACGAUUGGAUGUCUUUGUGAGCAAUGCUGGUGUAUGCCGAUUUGCCGAGUUUCUCGAGCUCGAACCCUCUCUCCUGCACCAUACCAUCUCGACAAACCUCUGUGGUUCAUUCUUCGCCACACAAGCCGCAGCGCGUCAAAUGGCACUGGCGCAAAACCCACCCGGCGGCUCAAUUAUCGGAAUCAGUUCCAUCUCUGCUCUCGUUGGAGGAGGCCAGCAAACACACUACACGCCCACAAAGGCAGGAGUCCUGAGUCUAAUGCAGUCAUGUGCUGUCGCUUUGGGAAAAUAUGGGAUUAGGUGCAAUGCUCUCCUGCCAGGGACGAUUCGGACACAGCUUAAUGAUGAGGAUAUGAGUGAUGAGAGGAAGAGGAGGUAUAUGGAAGGGAGGAUUCCGCUGGGGAGAUUGGGACAGACGAAGGAUCUGGCGGGACCCGCGGUGUUUUUAGCGUGUGAUUCCUUGAGUGGUUACGUGACUGGUGCACAGAUUCUUGUUGACGGUGGACUUUUUGUUAAUCUCCAAUGAAGCCCAUUCAACACAGGUCAAUUAAAGUAUCUCGUGAAUUCUAUUUGUAUAUGAAAAUCAAUCACAUGGAAUAACAUGAAUUAUUGACCACACAACGAGCUGAACUCAGAGUCCAAUCCCGUAUGCCUUGACAGCCACAUCCCCCCAAACGCCCCUCUUCUGUUCCUCAUCCAAGCCCCUCCUCUCCAACACAGCUUCCACAACGUUCUUCCAUCUCUGCCACGAAACCUCGUUCCCUCCACCGCCAAUAUUACAUACCGGCCAAUCCGAUCCGAACAUAACUCGUUCGGG